AUGUGUCGCAUCGUAGACUUCUGGGACCCGGUAUCAAACUUCGGAAUCUCGGUAGCGGCUAUCAUGGACACGCAAAAGAGUCCAGAAAUGAUCUCAGGUAAGAUGACGGGUGCUCUCUGCAUCUACGCGGCCACUUUCAUGCGAUACUCCCUCGCUAUAAAACCCAAGAAUUACCUCCUCUUCCUGUGCCACUCCGCCAACGCAGGUGCUCAGCUCACGCAGGGCUACCGCUACCUACAAUAUCACCACUGGGGUGGGAAGGAGAAGACGGGUGGUACAUAUGCCGUUGAUGCGGCGAAAAAGAAGAUAGCCAAGGUUGAAAAUAAGGCAAAUGAUACACAUUGCAGCCACGGCACAGAAGACAAGGUCUUUGCGAGGCUGCUCCAGGUCGACACAGCCUAUCAUUCGCACCACAUGCUUCACUGCGCAGGAUCGUACAUGGCCUCAGCCCCGGCUGUGUCUGCUGCGAGACUGCGGAUUGCUGAGCCUACAGGCGCCGAUGCAGACAUAGAAGCGGUAUCGCCUAGUAACAAAUCGGCCAAUGGUGCAAAAGAGUGCCAACUAAAAGAGGUCAGUAGCCAGCUAGUCAAUACGAAUGGAGUGUAA